UUCUAUGCUGCCUGCACGCAAAAGCAGACGCACGCACGCACGCACGCACGCACGACAGAUGAGUCUACGACGAUCAUCGCCGCUGCAUGGUUCGACGCACUCGGGGCCGGUCAGGGGACACACGUAAAUGUAAAUACACGUGAGGCGGAAAAGGCAUGGCCUGCACAGGAGAAUGGCUUUCGGAGGCAGGCAGACAAUUGGAGAGCAGUAGCAUCGUUGCGUCAUGCCUCUGAACGUAUUGAAGGAACGCCAAUGCGGCCUUUGAGACAAACGCAAGCAGUCAAUAUGUGUAGACUGAGAGCAAAUGCAGGCUCCUCACGCACGAGAAGAGCUGAAGGCCAUUUCCCAUCAGUACAAGCAAGGUCCAGAUUAUUUUCCUCGGGCCCAGGGACCAGGGCAGCUCUUCGAUUGUUUGCCGAGCCGAAGGGCCGAGGGGACAGACAGACAGACAGAAAGCGGCGGCAGUCUAUUUCCGCGCCUGAGGCCAGCAAGUGGGGCCGCUUGCGGACACGAGAUCAAUGCAAGGAAGACGGCAGCCAAGCAGGCAGACAGGCAGACAGGCAGGCAGACAAGCGGUCAGACGCCCCUCUUUUUUCUUUCUCUCUCCUUGACACCGAAAGAUUGACAAAUGGCGUGCAUCCUAUGCCGAGUGACGGUAGUGUGGGCUUGGCUGAUCCCUGAGGGGGCGUGGAACAAGGUGGGGCGCUCAAGCGCAGACGAGGCCCCGCGGCUGCGCUGAGCCUGAUCUGUCUGCGAAGCGCGGGCGAGAUUGCAAAUCGGCCUUGUC